GACGUAAACCUGAGAUGCAGAAACUGCACAAGCGAUUUAAUCGCGUUUUGUUUUGUCUCCGGCGGGAAAGGGUCGUUUGAUUUAUUGCUGCGAAUACUAUAAAAGUUUCUACGCUCGCUGUAGCUCAAAUUCAAGUUGCUCGUCAACGGAGAAGGACUGCUUCCUCUGACUGCUUCUCCAUUGCACUGCGACACUAUCCUGAGGGGGUACAACUGGUAUUUAGAACGAAUGAGCGCGAGUUAAUUUGUGACGAAUCAAGACGCCUCCAAUUUGCAAACAAUCAACAAUUUUGUUUACGAAUUGUGAGCAAUUACUGGAUAAAAUCGAGCUAGGCAUGGCUGAACUUCUUCAGUUGGCUGUCGUCGGGCGGCCGGUGGCAGGAUGUUCGGGAAGCGAAAGCCAAGGGUGUCACGUGUAAAUAAUGAUAAAAAAAAGGAGCUGCUGGAUUCGGUGAGCCAGACCAGAGACAAGGUGAUUCUAACAUUGAAAGGAGAGGUCCGAAAGAAAAGGAAGAAACCAAACAAAAUCAAGAUGCCGAUGGUGCUGCGGAACUUGCCGCGCAAGAAUUAUUGUGAGCUUUCUCCAUACCCCGAGAGGGAAUACCCGAAUAUUGAUAACGUUCCUAGCACCAGGAGAAGCAGAAGCAGACGCACCAGAUCCAGAAUCCGUGCAAAUUCGCCGCUCUUCUUUUGCUAUGGAACUCCCGGUUCGAUUACUCGCUCAUCUCUACGAAAAUUGAUUUUUUUAUGUAUAUUCGCAGCUAAGAAGCUCAUAAUAAAAAGAUUCCCCAUACCCGAACCAGCUAGACGUCGAAGAUUGACAAGGAAGUUUCCGUACGUCUACGCAGUUGGCAUGAAACUUCACAAGCUUGGAAAUAGAAAAGAUGAUAAAGAUGCCGUUCGUCGGGUCGUCAAGAGGCUCAAAGACGAAAAUUCUCGACUGCGGGACCAGGCACAAUGCAACUUGGUUUUUAAACAGAUCGCGAGCUAUCAUAGGAAUGCCAACAAGUUCUGGAGCAUGUUCCUAUUGGACUUAAUUUCUAUCCGCCAUCCGAAGUUGCUGUCAUCCAUAACAUUUUUGAACGUGAAGAGUGCAACUCAAAAAUAUUUUAUGAACAGUUUCCUAUAUUACGCACUGAACCUGGCUCGCGUAUACUACGAGACAGGCAGUUUCGAUUUUGUGAAGCAAGGUAUCGAUAUAGGCCGCGACUUCUACGGCGUCCAAAACCUGCUGUCCAUAUUCUCUUCGGUGGCAUUUGAACCGGUAAGGUUCAACAAAGAGGUGCCUGCGUCAAAGCCACCUCUCCUGAAUAUGGACGUCUUUCCAACUGUUGUCCAGAUGCACCGUGAGAUUGGUCCAGUCUACAAGAACUUUGGGAUUCGGAAAAUCAAUAACGAUUCCGUAAUUGUCAGCAUCGACAUGGAAAAGAUACAAAACGGAUCCAACAUAUUUCGUAUACAAACCCCUGGUGAAAUAUCCGAAUAUAAUCUGAAAUUUGACAAGGACAAGGAAAAUAACACUCAAGUUUUGGUGUCCUCAGAUGAUACUGUAUGUGAUACCACGCAGAACGAAAGUGAUAAUUUCUUGAAAAGAAACAUGUGGAUCAGGAAAGAAGACGUCGCUGAAACUAAUGAGAAUCAAAUUUUGAUGUCCCCAGGCGCUACUGUCUGUGUUACCGCGCAGAUCGAAAGUACUACUGAUAAUUGUUUGGAAAGAAAUCCGUGUAUCACAAAAGAAAACAUUGUUAAAACUAAUGACAAUCAAUUUUUGAUGUCCACAGACACUACUAUUUGUGAUUCCGCAAAGAACAAAUGUACUACCGAUGACGUUGUGACUAAUGACAAUGAUAUGUUGGUAUCCCCAGACGAUACUGUGUGUAAUACCGCGCCAAUCAAAAGUAUUACGGACCAUUAUUUGGAAAAAAAGUUGUUGAUAAUGAAUGAAUCCAACAUAGAAACAGAUGACAAUCAAGCUUCGGUAUCCACAGAUGGUGAAGUUUGCACCAAUGUAUUAGAUAUACAGAAACUUUCCGAUCAAAAUAAGCAGAAAAUAUUUGAGAAAAUCUCUGAACGCUGCACUGUUUUAAACAUGAUCAAAGAAAAUAUAAAAGUUCCCAUAUCUAAAGAAUCUAGUACCAAGAAAAUAAUCAAUAUCGUCCAGAAUGAUAUAACUAUUAAGAUGGAGUCCUUAUCAAAAUUAUGCUUUAAUUCUUUUAAGAAACAAGGCUUCGUUGAUAUUCACGUAAAUAAAAAUAAUAGUAUCCAGCGAGAGGUUGACUGUCAGAUGAAUAAAAUUUGCUGGGCGAGUGCGGAAAUUCAUUUCCAAGCCAAACAUUACUUACGGACUGUUCCGUUUUACGAAGUUCGUAAGAUUAUGAAAGCGAAAAUUGUAACGAUUCCAAGGCAAUCCGAUGAACGCUCUCGAAUUGUUUUGAAUCGAUCAUCGAAAAAUGUACAUAACAUAUUGAGAGAAGUAGAUUCAAAUUUGAUGCGAGAUGAGAAUAACAAAGAUUCGUGUAAACCUUUGGACUAUAGUAUUGAAGCUAGUCGCAAAAGAAUUGCUAACGACAAAGGUAAUGGUCAUCCGACAAUCAGUGAACAGCCAGAAAUUAAGAAAGCUGUGAAUACUCAUUCGAAUGUUUCUAAAAUAGUUAGAGAUCCAAAUUUUUCGACUACACAAACCAUGAAUAUCACUCGAAAUAAACCUAUCAAGAGAUCAACUAACCGAGAGGCAUAUGUGAAUGAUGCACACACGGGGGCAAGAGCCAUAAAAUCGAUGAGGUUAGAAGUGACUCCUAUCAAUUUAACUACGGAUAGUAAUUGGUCGAUUAGUCCUGAUAGAAGGCAGUUGUUUAUUGAGCAUAUGUACUCCAUGCACAAAUAUAAUUUUAGCUAUCCAUUAUACUGUCAACAAUGGUACGAUACAGAAUUCAAAAUCUACUUUAAAUCACUCGACCAUCCAUCCAGUGCCCAACACGUAUGCGGAGAUCAUAAUACGGGAACUUUAUACUUUUACAAUUACAAUUUACCGAAAUUCAAGAACAGAGAGAUAAAAAUGAAAAUAUAUGAAAGCUUUCAGUCUGUACAUCAGCAAACUGUCUGUAAUAUUUACUUUGCAAAGCAGCACUUUGUCAUUCGUCGUCAACAAAUGUGUAAUAGGAAUUUCGACCAUCACGCGUAUUAUAGACACACAGUAAUCAGUAUGGUUCCAUUGGAUCCAUUCCAAAUACAAAAUUUUCCAAGUACUGAGCAGGAUUACAGCCACUAUGUCCAAUACCCAUUCGUUUUGCCAUAUAAUAUGCCAGAGGAUCAACUUAGAUAUCACGUCAACACGAUUAUGGCCAUAUUGUUAAACGUUUUGACUACGCAACCUCGUGCUCUGCCUGAAUUGUUUCCACAUAAUAGAUCUCAACAAACUCAUGCAUUAGGGCAACGAGUCGAGUUACCCGUUGCGCAUCAACCAGUAUCUCAUCAAUUUUUCCUGCCACAACCAAUGCCUAGGCAAGUGCAGCAAUUAAGCCUAGGAUUAUCGCAUCCUAGGAUGCAAUUCAAUCCAGUUCAUGCAGAGUUGCCUGUUCAGCAUCAUUAUAAUUUGUUUCCUCAGCGACACAUUUUCGAUCAGCCACCGCAGAUAACUGGACAUGUGCAAAAUAUAAGACCACCGCAACCGAUCCAUAACAAUUUAUAUAAACACCCAACAGCGCAACAGCAACAAUAUCACCAAUUAUCACAAUUAUCGAUAUCACAAAAUUUAACUGCGUUUCCCACAAAUGCACUUCCAUCUUUAGACAAGCAUAAACAGCAGCAAACAUACCACAUGUCAGAACAUGGAAGAGUAUUUAAAGAAAAAGAAAUGAUAACGCAAAUACCAACAACUCAACUUUCUUUGUCACAGCAAAAAAUAUUUUCUUCAUUUCCGGUACCGAAACUCUCACCACCUCCUGUACAUAGACUUGAAUCUACGCUGGAACAAACUCCCAACACAAUGCAUUCUAUUAUGGAAUACACAUCACAUGACAUAAUGAAUACACAACAACCAAUCUCUUCUUCACAGUUGGAAGUGUCAAAUAAAAAGAAAUCAGUUCCUUGCUCGCCGCAAGAAAUAUUAAGCGGGCAGAAACCACAUUCUUCUUUGCCGCAGGCAGUUUUGAAUACAAAGCAACCACAUUCUUCUUUGUCGAUAAAUGUGUUGAAUAGACAGAAACCAGUUUCUUCCUUGCAGCAGGAAUUGUUAAAUGGACAGCAACUACAUUCUUCUUUGCCGAAAGAAGUUCUAAAUAGACAGCAACCAUAUUCUUCUUUGCCGAUGGAAGUGUUAAAUAGACAGAAAACAAUUUCUUCCGUGCCGCCGGAAAUAUUAAUUGGACAUCAACCACAUUCUUCUUUGCCGAUGGAAGUGCCGAAUAGACAAAAAGCAGUUUCUUCCUUGUCGCAGAUAAUAAUAAAUGGACCACAACCUGAUUCUUCUUUGGCGCAUAAAAUGAUGAAUAGACAGCAACCACAUUCUUCCUUGCCGAUGGAAGUGUUUAAUAGACAGAAAACAAUUUCUUCCUUGCUGCCGGAAAUAUUAAUUGGACAUCAACCACAUUCUUCUUUGCAACAGGAAGUUGUGAAUAGACAGCAACCAUAUUCUUCUUUGUCGAUAAAUGUACUGAAUAGACAGAAACCAGUUUCUUCCUUGCAGCAGGAAUUGUUAAAUGGACAGCAACUACAUUCUUCUUUGCCGCAGGAAGUUCUUAAUAGACAGCAACCACAUUCUUCCUUGCCGAUGGAAGUGUUUAAUAGACAGAAAACAAUUUCUUCCUUGCCGCCGGAAAUAUUAAUUGGACAUCAACCACAUUCUUCUUUGCCACAUGAAGAGCUGAGUAGACAGCAAGCACAUUCUUCUUUGCCGAUGGAAGUGCCGAAUAGACAAAAAGCAGUUUCUUUCUUGUCGCAGGAAAUAAUAAAUGGACCGCAACCUGAUUUUUCUUUGCCGCAUAAAAUGCUGAAUAGACAGCAACCACAUUCUUCCUUGCCGAUGGAACAUGGACAUCAAACACAUUCUUCUUCCUCGAUUAAUGUGCUGAAUAGACAGAAACCAGUUUCUUCCUUGCAACAGAAAUUGCUAAAUGGUCAGCAACUACAUUCUUCUUUGCCGCAGGAAUUGCCGAUGGAUGUGUUGAAUAGACAAAAAGCAGUUUCUUCCUUGUCUCAGGAAAUAAUAAAUGGACCGCAACCUGAUUCUUCUUUGCCGCAUAAAGUGCUCCAUAGGCAACAACCACAUUCUUCUUUGACGAUGGAAAUACCGAAUGGACAGAAACCAGUUUCUUCUUUAACGCAGGAAAUGUUAAAUGGACCACAUUAUUCUUUGCCGCUGGAAGAGUUGCCACAAGAAAAAUGUUCUGAUAUAUUGCCUAAGCCACAAGUUUCCAAUGUAUCUAACAUAAUAUCUAACCUGCAGGAAGAUCAACCAGCUAUAGCAUUGUCAUCAGAACAAUCAUCUGGUACAAAACUGAAACCAUCUAUAUCAAAAUCAUCUUGUGAAAUUAAAGUUAGGCAGCAAGUACCUGAUCUGGAUAAAGAAAAUCCACCACAUGAUGUGCCAAAACUUCAACCUACAGCGAUCAUGGAUUUCGAAAAUUUGCCUACAGAAAUCACAAAUGAUCAGCAAAUGUCUGAAAAAGUACAAAAUAUAGAUGAUAAUUCAGUAUUAACUGUAAGAGAAUCAAACAGGAAACGUGCCAAUUUGAUUGAUAUAUCGGACACUGAAAAGAAACGACCCAGAAAAGUGUUUUUGCCGAAUAAGAUAGUCAAUUCAUUGUCGCCUGAAAUGGAAAAGAAUAUGAUUUCGCGCUUGCCAACAUCUGAGUCUACAGUCACAUUUCAUAUUAACAAUGAUACAGAUGACGGAAUCAAUUUAAGUCUAAAGUUGGAUCCCGAGAAGAUGAAGAAAAUCAUGCAGCUUCUGGUCGGUGAAACCUCUAACACUACUAGUCGAACAGACAAACAGGAGUGCGAGACACAAACUUGUGGAAUUACAGACAUAUCAUCAGAGGAUGAAUAUGCAGAGUUGUCUUCUGAUGAAGUAUCUAUUGGCGACGUGGUACAAAAUAACGGUAAUUGGUGUACACUCUCCAACAACGAUAACUUAAUGGAUAUGUUAAAUACAAUGGUGGAGGACACAAUCAGCAACAAACUAAAUUUGAAAUUAAUGAAAAGCUUUAUGGUUAUAUUUUUAACCUGCCAUGAUACAGUACGCUACAGAGCAUUACUCAGAUUACGCAUGGACUUAUACAACUACUACAUAUAUUUACAGAGCAAACUGCAUAAUAUUCAGCUGAUACUAAAUGGUUAUGUAGUCCCGUCAACCUACAACAUGAUAUACAAAGAUAUAGAAAGCAUAAUUGAUAUUAACCAGCAUAAGGUGACAUUUCAAAUCCAAAAGUAUUCUGGAUACAUGUACAUCAAUUAUGUCGAUAAUUUGUUUCGAAAUAUCUUGUUCGAUCCUGGUAGUUCUGUCAGUAUGCGGUUUCGAGCAGAUUUCUAUAAUAUGGAGUACUUUUUGAGUCACAUGGUAACCAACUCAUGUGGGUUCAAUGAUUCUCUCGCUAUCUUCUUCAAAAUAAUCUAUGAAUAUUCCAAACAUUUGGUGCCACAAGAACUGCAAAAGGAGCAGGAUCUUUUAAGUAAUAAAGACGAAGUCAUUGACACCAUCAAAAUUUGCGAAUACAGUUCCUUGCCACAUAUCUUAUCCGAUUUCUACGAAUUCUUAGCCGAAUACAAUACAAAAAAAGAAAUACGAUUGGCAUCGUUCAGUAUGUAUUCAAGGAUGUUGAGAGAUGCUGUAAUGGACAAAUACUACUUCGCAUUCUAUCAACUGACGAAAAAACUUGCUUGCAAAUGACAGCAAAAUAUUACGUAAUUUUUUGUGUAGAUUGUUCUUGUUUGUUUUAUUAAAUAAUAUAGUGAUAACCCAAUCUUUAAUAAUGCUAUUUUUA